CUGAUCAAGUACUACUGUCACCGACAGUUCCCAGCAUGGCCAUAUGCACUUUUAUUGUCUUUGACAAAAUCAUGAUGCAAAUGUGGAUUAUUUUAGUUUUGAGCUCCACAACACUGUGUUUGAGAGAACAUACUUUCAAGAAGACAGCAGGUGAUGUUCGAUCCCGUUUGGAAAACCCACAACGUCUUCAACUGCAUACGGUUUCGGCGUUAACAGAAUGUGGUCGACUGUGCUCACGAAGUUCAUCGUGCAUUGACUUGCAGUACUCCAGCACAAGACGAGCUUGCAUUACUGGACACACAGAAGACGUAUCUGAUGGCGUAAUGUCCCAGAGUGGACUGUUUGACUUGUACAAUUGGUAUUUUAAAGAUCCUGAGACAUGCUUUGAGAUCAAAAGAAACAACCCCACAGCCAAGAGCGGGGAGUACUCAACCACCCCACAGCUCCACAGUUCAAGGGUGUGUCAGUGAAGGUCUACUGCCUGAUGAAUGACACACACCAGAUGGAGUACGUGACACUGCCCAACAGGAACUUCGGACACUACCCGCAAAGGUCCAACGCUAAUUGUGGUGAAGUCGAAGAGUCAUAUCUAUCGGGGGCUGGUGUUGGCAUGGGUGGCGUUACAGAGUACCAAAAGAUCAGAGUACAGCCAUCAACCAUGGCAGUUGUAAGAAAUGACGCCACGUUCGUAAGCGGGAGCAAGACAACCCCCCUAGACUAUGGUCAGGCAGAAGAUUGCUACUCGCAUGUAGUUUUCUGUAAGAAAAUAGGAACAUUUCACAUCAACACACUGGGAACAAAGAUGAAAGUCAAUACCGAUCAAACGUGGACAGUUCAAGUAGACAGCUUCAAUCCCCGUGUGGAGAGCAUUGCACGUGAAGAGAAUGGCGCCAUGAUCGACAUUGUGUGUGGAGGGUGGUGUGGGGGUUGUAGCCCUAAAGGUGACAUGCUCCUCUAUCCGAACCCUCUUGACAAUAAGCCUUAGACCAAUAUACCGACAUCUUCCCCAGGCAAGAGAGUUAACUGAAUUCAAAAGUCCAGUUUCCACCCUUGCCGAACUAGGCUGGAAUUCCUGGGCUCGAUCGUAGCGCUACCAGUGGUUAUUAUG